CCUGGCCUUAAACGUUUGAAGCUAUGACUUUCAGUUCUAAACAUAAAUGAAAUAUCUUGUUACCUACACAUUUGAGAAGAACCUUUUACCAAAAGUACACCAAGCAUAAACUCCUCGUCGUCUCUUGAAUUUGAAAAGAAAAUUGCCUUUUAACAGCGUGCAUGGGCCAAGUUUGGAAGUGGCCAAAGACUGAUACGUCGAAUAUCGAAAGAUCACAAAGGAGGUAGAAAAAACAUUCAAUGUUCGAGAAAUAUCAGGAACAAACGUCCUUAAAAAAAACCAGGAUAAAAAAGUUCCUAGUGGCAUUCUGGGAUUGAAGUUGUGUUUUUGAGCGAAGCCCUCUGGGCUCACUCACAAAGGCAAUGCUUUCGUUUCAUAAAGGCUUGGCUCUUAGUAGACCGCACUGCUGCCAAGAGAUAAGACUGAGCGAUCCCCACGACGUAUCAGACACACAAGCAAUUUGCAAAACAAAGAUUAAACGAACGGCUCGGAGUUCACUCUGCUGAUUGAUUUUGUCAUUCAAGAACCAUUGUUGUUCACCUCUCUUCAGAAAACUUGAAUUAAACAAAAGGUACUGUUUUGAACAAGAAAAGAAAGCAAAGAAAGGCGACAAGCUCUGGCUAAUUCGGUAAAAUAUUAAGUUCGCCAAGCUACUUUGGAUCCAUUCAGAGAACAAAAGAUUGUAAGGUUGUGAAAUGGCUUUUAACAAUUCAUCUACCACGCGAUGCAAUGAUGGUGAAUGCCACACCGUUAACCUCAUAGAAUAUUCUAUGACAGAAAGAACAGUCAUAGUGGCCGCGAACAUGCUGAUAUUUUUACUCGCCAUUCCAGCCAAUGGGAUCGUUAUAACUGUCAUAUCACGUGUGCAGAACGUGCAAACGCCUACGAGUACAUUUCUCAUGAACUUGUGCAUCGCGGAUAUUUUGAUAGCUUCCUUGUAUAUUCCGUUUGUGACAGUCGAUUUGUACGUGGCAGGAAGUUGGAUAUUUGGAGACACAAUGUGUAAAUUGGUCUCCUUCUUAUAUUACCUCGCAACGAAUCUCUCCAUUCUGAUCUUAACAGCCAUCUCCGUUGAGCGAUAUGUCUCCGUCUGUCGGCCAAGACAGAUUCGUUUGACGGCAAAGAAAGCAUUUGUAAUUACAGUUCUUUUGUGGUUUGUCGCAGGGUUUACUGCUCUGCCGCUGUUGAUUGUCAGAAAGUCUAUAUUCAAUCCGAUAGUCAAUGUUUACUUUUGCGUGGAGACAUGGUCUUUCAAAUACUCCAAAGCUUACAAAACUGUCACGCUGGCUAUGCUCUAUGUGACGCCUCUUGUGUUCAUGGCCGUAGUUUAUUACAAAAUCGGUAGAAAAGUUUGGACAAGUGCUGAUAAAACAAGAACCAUGAAACUCUCAACCAAGCAUGCUUCAAACUCCAAGCUACGCCUGACGAAAAUUGCACUAGCAAUUAUUUUAAGCUUCGCAGUGUCUUGGACUCCAUUCAACACAACGACGUUACUCUUCUUCUAUGACCGGAAAAAUUUUCCAUAUUCAAAAGAGGCAAUGCAUGUAGCUCAGCCAAUAAUAUUCUUUGUCGCUUUCUCCAAUUGUUCGUUGAACCCACUGCUUUAUUGCUACAUGAGUCAAAACUUUAGAAAAGCUUUUCAAAUAUUUUGGAAGAGAAGAUCACGCCGUGACCUUGGAGACUCCUUUUCUGUCUUCUCGAGGACAAGCACGAAACGAUUUAGCAGAAAGAGUAAAAGAAGGGCGGAGGAGGCCGUGAAAGAGCCGAACGGCGUACCAUUCGCACAUGAAACUCUCCGAACAAAAUCGGACAAUCCCGACUACUCCCCGACAAGUCAGCAGCCGGAAAUGCAUAACACAGUGGAAAGCAUUUUAAUAACAUCGGCAGUGUAAUCGUCACAUAACAUGACUGCUAAUACUGCAGUCCGAAAGCACGAAUGGAAUCGUCAUUUCAAUCAAAUGUAAACAACUCAGCAAAACUCUGAUUUUGCGAUGUUUUCCUUUUUUCUGUUUUGGAUCGGUUUUGUUUCGUUUUUGUCUUCUGUAUUUGUCUCGUUUUGCCUCGGUUUUAUCAAGGGUUCGCUUGUUUGUUUAUUUUUUUAUCUUUGUGUGGCUAGUACGAAGUGUAAAAGUAACUCAAGAUCAUAAUCUGAGAGAUCUAAUAGUCUAUGUUCCUAUCCCGUGGUUUACUCUGAGAUGAGGGUCCACUUUGCGCUAGUUUUAAGUUGGCAGCAGAAGAAGUUAAUCGAAAAUCGUUAUAAUCUUGACAAAGACUUAACCCUUUAAAAUUUAGCGUUAGUAUUCAUAUUUCCCAUGUUGUUCUCUUUACAUUUCUUUUGGUUCUAACAAAGAGAAUUUGUUUGACAA